CCCGCGGUGAGGUUCAUCGUGGAUCACUCCGUCGACGAAAACAUCCGGAACCUCAAAUGAACGUUUCGCUGACGAGAAGCUUGCACACCGGCCGCGCGCUUCUGAAGGAAAUCCCACGAAACUUGAAGGGCAAGAAGCACAGCUCACAGCUGUGGCUGCAGAGGCAACUGCGCGAUUCCUAUGUGGAGAAGGCAAAGCAGGAGAAGUACAGGUGCAGAAGCGCGUUCAAAUUGCUGGAGAUUAAUGAGAGAUUCAAGAUCCUUAGCCCGGGUCUGACCGUCGUGGAUUGUGGGGCAGCGCCCGGCAGCUGGACUCAGGUCGCCACCAAUCUGACCAACGCCAGUGGCAAGAAGGAAGGUCCUGUCGGCAGAGUGUACGCUGUCGAUAAACUCCCGUUUUAUCCUGUGGAAGGUGCGACCGUCUUGGGAAACAUGGAUUUCACGCACAUCAAAACGCAGGAGUCUCUAAGCAAAUUAUUGCAGGGGGACAAAGUCGACGUUGUCUUGUCCGACAUGGCUCCAAAUGCAUCCGGCAUAAGAGAGAUAGACCAUGAUAAUAUAAUGCUACUCGCUUACGCUGCCUUGAGAUUCGCGUUACAAAUCAGUAAGGCACAAAGCACGUUCGUUGUAAAAAUCUGGGAUGGUGGUAAGACGCAACAGUUUGAGCAGAAUCUGUUAAAGUUUUACAGUAGCGUCAGGGCAAUUAGACCUGAUGCGACGAGGGACGAAUCAACUGAGACAUUCUUCUUGGCUAGGGGGUUUAAAGGUCUCAAGACGAGCUGAUAUAAUUGAUUAAUUCAUAGGUACAACAGAUUUGUUCGUGUUGAAAUCUCUCAAAU